CUUAGCGCCGCCUCGCUUUGCUCCUCCAGCUUCGGCUCGCGAGGGCUCCUCCGGUCCUCUCUAGGCGUCCCGGAGCAAGUUCCGCAUCUCUAUUGUUGGCCCGAGGGGCAGCCCGCGUCCCGUCGUGCCCCGCGGCGCCCUCUAGUAGCCGAAACCCCGAGGCUGCCGGGCUCGCGCUCGGGCCCCGCGGCGCGCGCAGAGGGGGCCGCCGGUUGGCCAGCGCGCGCCGGGACCGGUCCCGAGGUCCCGGAGGAGGGACGGCACUUUCCCCUCCCCGCCGCCCGCAGUCCCUCGCCUCGCGUUGGACCCCGACCCCUGGGCGGAGAAUCGGCAUGGAAGCCGAAGACCUCCAGGAAGACCUGACCUGCUCCAUCUGCCUGGACUAUUUCGAGGACCCGGUGUCCAUCGAGUGCGGCCAUAACUUCUGCCGCGGCUGCCUGCACCGCAGCUGGGCGCCGGGCGGCGGCGCGUUCCCCUGCCCCGAGUGCCGGCAGCCGUCGGCGCCCGCGGCGCUGCGGCCCAACUGGGCCUUGGCCCGGCUGACGGAGAAGACGCGGCGCCGGCGUCAGGGCCCCGUGCCCCCCGGCCUGUGCGGCCGCCACUGGGAAGCGCUGCGGCUCUUCUGCGAGGACGACCAGCGGCCCGUGUGCUUGGUGUGCAGGGAGUCGCAGGAGCACCAGACGCACACCAUGGCGCCCAUCGACGAGGCCUUCGCCAGCUACCGGGAGAAACUUCUUGAGACUCAGUGUAGUCUGACGGCCAAGAUGAAGAAAGCCAUGCAUUUGCAGGACAUGGAAGUGAAAAAUGCUACUGAGUGGAAGGAGAAGAUGAAGAACCAGCGAAUGAGAUUCGGUGCAGAGUUUGCAAAGCUGCACCACUUCCUGGCCGAAGAAGAGCAACUGUUUCUUCAGAGACUGAGCAAAGAAGAAGAAGAGACGAAGAAGAAACAGAAUGAGAACACGUUAAAGCUCCAUCAGACGAUCACUUCCUUGAAGCAGCUCAUCUUAGAGGUCGGGAGGAAGAGCCAGAGCCCCACCCUGGAGUUGCUGCAGAAUCCAAAAGAUGUGUUGACCAGGAGUGAGAACCAGGAUGUGAACUAUUCCCCUGAAGUUCUAACAGUGAAGACUGUGUGCAAGAUACCCAUGAUGAAGGAAAUGCUGAAGCGAUUCCAAGUGGCUGUAAAUCUAGCUGAAGACACGGCCCAUCCCAAACUUGUCUUCUCCCAGGAAGGGAGAUAUGUGAAAAAUGGAGCAUCAGCCAGUUCUUGGCCAUUGUUUUCCUCAGCGUGGGGCUAUGUUAGUGGAUGGAGGACCCCUCCGAAGACCACACAGUCUGUGGAAAGAUUUCAGCACUUACCCUGUGUUUUGGGAAAAAACGUUUUCACUUCAGGGAAACAUUACUGGGAAGUUGAGAGCCGAGAUAGCCUGGAGAUUGCCGUGGGGGUAUGUCGGGAGGACAUCAUGGGGAUUGUUGAUAGUUCAAAAAUGUCCCCCCAUGUGGGAAUCUGGGCUAUUUGUUGGAGUUCUGCUGGCUACCGGCCCCUAAUAAGCUUUUCUGUAAGUCCUACCAAGCAAGAGCCUGCUCUUCACCGGGUGGGAGUUUUCCUAGAUCACGAGGCUGGGGACAUCUCCUUCUACAGCGCUGUGGAUGGAGCUCAUCUACACACUUUCUCUUGUCCUCACAUCUCCUGCCUCCGGCCAUUUUUUUGGUUGAGUCCGUUAGCAUCUUUAGUCAUCCCAGCAGUGACUGGUGGGAAAUGAGUCUUCCCCUGCCCAGGAAUCUUUGCCUGUACCCUAGCCUGGGGACAUGCAUCCCUUGGCCCUCUUCUUUCACUCUGUACAUACUGGUCCAGGUAGCGCAUCAGUACUGUCCAUUCAGAUUCUAAUUUGAUGUCUUGUUCAGCUCCCUGUGUGUGCUGUGCACAGAAAGUAUGGUGGAGCCUGUUGGUGGCCUUUCCAGCACCCACUCGCCCCAUGUCCCACCUCCUCUUCUGGUUCUUCCUCAUUGAGCUGUUUGGUGUGCACCCUCCCUGUGCUUCAGGAGAGGCAGCUCUCCCCAAUGCGAGGCAAUUCUGGCCAAUGAGCUGGGAUGAGAAAUGUUCCAAGAUGCUUCUGGGGAAAGAUCAUGUAGCUUUAAAAAAGAGGUGUUGGGGCGCCUGGGUGGCGCAGUCGGUUAAGCGUCCGACUUCAGCCAGGUCACGAUCUCGCGGUCCGUGAGUUCGAGCCCCGCGUCAGGCUCUGGGCUGAUGGCUCAGAGCCUGGAGCCUGUUUCCGAUUCUGUGUCUCCCUCUCUCUCUGCCCCUCCCCCGUUCAUGCUCUGUCUCUCUCUGUCCCAAAAAAUAAGUAAACGUUGAAAAAAAAAAAAAAAGGUGUUUAAGGAGACACAGCCCCUCUUCUGACGUUAGUAGCUGUCUUGGAACUGAGGAGAGCACAGUGACAGUGGAAAGGAAGAGGGAACGUGGGCUUUGCUAGCAUUGUUGAACUGUUGGAAUUUCCUUAAUCCCCAAUUUCUUGUCAGAGGAGGUUACUGCUCCCUCAGUGUACAAGGCAAUUCAGGUUGCAUUUUUGUAUAGGAUGGUCUCUUUUCCUGAAACUUGACAGAUUUGUAGACUGUUUCUGCUCAGUCACAUAAUUCCUCUACUCUCCAGUAAGUACUGAUACCUCCCGAUCAGAAAGUUGAGGGAAUCUUCCCUUACUCUGCCCAGGCUAUGACUCUUUUUCACCCGACCAUGCCUACGCCCUCAAGUGUUGAUUAUGUUUCCAUCUGUCAAAUUCUUACUGUUGUGUAUGCAAGGUAUUCACGUCACAUCUAAAACAUUGGGAGGCACUUGCCAAGUAUUCACACUGCACUUCUGGCCUCUUCAUUAAUGCUCUUGUACGACUCCUGCAGAAGCUUGGUGUGAGAUAGAAAUUAAAAUCCUCUUUUUACAAGUAAGAAAACAGACCUUUGGGGUAACUCACUCGGUAUUGUUUGGCUGGCAAAUGGGAAUGCUGGGAUUAAAUCCAGAUCAGUCUGAGGUAAAAGCCUGUGCCCUUUUCUGGUCUUUGUAAGCGUCUGGUUUUUGUAAUGCUCUUUGUGAGCAUCUAUUGAAGGCAGAUUGCAUGUCAGCAA